AUGGAGACCAAAAAUGAUACUUCAGUAACAGAGUUCAUUAUUUUGGGAUUAACGGAUAAUCCAAUUAUACGUGUCAUCCUCUUUGUGAUUUUUCUAGCAGUUUAUUUAGUGACUGUAGUGGGAAAUAUCAGCAUAAUUCUCUUAAUCCAGAGCAGCCCACAGCUUCACACCGCAAUGUACCUUUUCCUCAGCCAUUUGGCCUUUGUGGACAUUGGGUAUUCCACAUCGGUCACACCCAUCAUGCUCAUCAGUUUCUUAAAAGAGGAAACUACUAUACCUCUCACUGGCUGCGUAGUCCAGCUUGCCUCAGAUGUUGCUUUUGGGACUACAGAGUGCUUCCUGCUGGCCACCAUGGCCUAUGAUCGCUAUGUGGCCAUCUGCUCUCCCCUGAUCUACUCGACACAGAUGUCCACAGUGGUGUGCUUCCUCCUCCUGGGGGGAUCCUAUCUGGGGGGAUGCAUGAAUGCCUCAUCGUUUACAGGCUGUUUAAUGAACCUGUCCUUCUGUGGCCCAAAUAAAAUCAAUCAUUUUUUCUGUGACCUCUUCCCACUACUGAAGCUUUCCUGUGGCCAUAUUUAUAUUGCUGAAAUAUCUCCUUCCAUCUCUUCUGCAUCGGUCCUUGUAAGCACACUGUCUACCAUCAUAGUGUCCUACGUAUACAUUCUCCACUCAAUCAUGAAGAUGCGCUCCACGGCGGGAAGGCACAAGGCCUUCUCCACCUGCACCUCCCACCUCACUGCAGUCACUUUAUUUUAUGGCACAGUUUUGUUUGUGUAUGUGAUGCCCAAGUCCAGCUACUCAGCUGACCAGGUCAAAGUGGCCUCUCUGAUCUACACAGUGGUGAUCCCCAUGCUGAACCCCCUCAUCUACAGUCUGAGGAACAAAGAGGUGAAAGAAGCCAUGAGAAAACUGAUGGCAAAAACGCACUGGUAUUCUUGA